AUGGCAACUCCACAGCUGGAUAAAUAUAAUCUCAGUAAUGAUGGUAGCGAAGUUAUUGCUCAACGAUUACAAAUAGAUAGUUAUGCACAGAAAGAUCGAAAUGAAUUGCAAUCAUACUACAGCCUCGAUCGAAUUGUACAAUUCAUAACGAGCCAUGGGUAUAAAAGGAUUGCUCUACAGUUUCCUGAUAGCCUUCUACCCGAUUCAGCAAGUCUUGCGUUAGAAAUACAAACUAUAUCUCCUCAAUCUAUAGAUGUCUUCAUUUUGGCGGAUACUUCUUAUGGCAGUUGUUGUGUAGACGAAAUUGCUGCAUCCCAUGGUAACGCUGACUGUUUAAUACACUUUGGCUCUGCUUGUUUGAGCCCGUUGCCUGUUUUAUACGUGUUUGGACGUCAUCCUGUUGAUGCCAAUAAAUGCAAGGAGAAUGCCGUAUAUGAAACAUUACAUGCCCAAUAUCCAAAUUUAAUUGCUUCUGAAAUAAAGGUAGGAAAAUUAAGUGCAAUUGUUGAAUCUUCAGCAAAACUAUUAGAAGAUAAAGAAAAUCAAAGCUGCGAUCAAGAAGAGUAUGGUCGUAUUUUUCACUUACAUGAAGGAAAAGAGAUACAUGAUUAUGUUAUAUUCUAUAUUGGCUCUGAAGGGUUGACUCUAACAAAUCUUAUGAUGUCAUACAAUAAGUGUCGGUUUUAUUCUUACAAUCCUGAUUUGGAUAGUAGUAGAUCAGAAUCAUUAUCGGUCAACAAAGCCCUGAUGAAAAGAUAUUAUUUAAUUCAGAAAGCAAAAGAGGCCCUAGUAGUUGGAAUAGUUAUUGGAACGUUAGGCGUAGCCGAUUAUUUGCAGACGCUAGACAGGCUAAAAGCAGUUUUGAAAGCAGCUAACAAGAAGACAUACACCUUUUCGGUGGGAAAAAUUAAUGUUGCUAAAUUAGCAAAUUUCAUGGAAAUAGAUGUCUUUGUAUUAGUAGCCUGCCCCGAAAAUACCCUGCUGGAUUCUAAGGAAUUUUAUAAGCCCAUUCUUACACCUUACGAACUGGAAAUCGCCUGUUUAAAGGAAAGAGAAUGGGACGGUACUUAUAUAACAGACUUUAGGCAAUUAUUACCAGGUAACGUAGGAUUAUCUGAAGGCGGAUUAUCUAAUCUUGAAUUCAAUGUGGAUGAUGAAAGAAAGAAUCGAAAUCCAGAUUAUUCUUUUAUAACCGGACAUAUGCAAUAUACAUCGCUACGCGAUGAUGACGAGAAUAUCAAUCACGAUAAGCAACAAUCCUUAGUAACUCGAGAUCGCAUGCAAGUUAUUCAACAUCAUACAUCUGCAGGUGAAUUCUUAUCAAAUCGCUCUUGGAAAGGACUCGAUGAUACUCCAGACGAUGAUUCUUCUCCUAUAAAUGUUGUUGAAGGAAGACGUGGUAUCGCCGCGAAAUACGAUAACGAAAAUAUUUAUUAA